AUGUUUUGGAAACGCACCGAAAAGCCCGGGUUCUCGCAUACGCAUGGAGGUCGAAGUGAGGACGCGGAUUGACGGCUGAUCGCGUAUGAAUUUAAUCAUCUUUGCCCAAUGUGGAGGCAAUUGCUUCUGAGGGGUCUGGCUCGGGUGGGGGCCCCGAGUUUUCACUUCCAGAGACAUUUUGCCUCCGCAUUUGUGGGUCCCCUGACUCAUAUCAGAGCUCCAAGGGCUUUGUGGGCAUUCAAAUUGCGGGACACGGGUGCCUCCUUUUGCAGGGGUUACAAGAAAGAUGCCAAAUCCACAGUGGAGUUUCUGGAGAGCCCCGUCACAGUCACCGACAUCAGGCAGUACCUACGCUCCAAGGACGUGCCUUUCCACGAUGGUUUCAGUUGCCUGCACGCGCCCAGCAUUUUUGUGGACGCCGCCACCAGGGCCGAGCGCUUUUCCCUGUUCGUGGACAAGACCACCGGGCAGUUCCUAUGCAUGGAUACACAGGUGGAGGGGAGCUGGGAAGACCUCCAGGACUGCCUGGAGGUCAUGCAAGCGGAGGAGCAGGAUUUCCUCAGCCCGCAAGUGCUGCUGGGAUUCCCGGAAAGUGCCGAGGAGCGGGAGCAGAGCGAGAGGGAUGCCAGGGAGGUGAGAAGCAUCUGGUCCACCUCGGUGCCUUUCUCGGAGUUGACGGAGGAUGAGGCGCAGCUCGUCAAAACCAUGUUCCAGAUUACAAAGAUCACCAACGCAACACUGAAGAAGUUUGGCGUGAGGCUUUUCAAGCCUACCAAGAGUCUUGUUUUCCCUUGGCUGGGUGGUCCCGAUGCCUCCUUGAAGGGGCUGAAGCUUCUCUCAGCGCAAAGCGUGGACGACGGAGAUGGCGUCGGUUACAAUGAGGCGAUGGUUCCAAAGUGCAGCUCCUACAACAACCUCUUUGGCCUCGCCUCGCUGAGCCGCGCGGACUCCGACAUAGUCGUGACGGGCCGUGAGUUGGACACGCUGGCUGUCAGCCAGGCCACAGGGCUGGCCAGCGUGGCCCUCCCGCGGGGCGUUAGUUGCCUGCCUCCCGCCCUGCUUCCCUACCUGGAACAGUUCAAGCGUGUUACUUUAUGGUUGGGCGGGGACGUACGAUCCUGGGAGGCUUCCAAGAUCUUCUCUCGCAAGCUUGGCCUGCGGCGCUGUCGACUGGUGCGGCCCGGGGAGUACCGACCCUGUCCCGGGGAGGCCCUGGCGCAGGGCAAGAACUUGAGCCGCAUCGUGGCGACCGCCAUCCCCGCCGCGCACAAGUCCAUUGUGUCCUUCAAGCAGCUUCGUGAAGACGUAUAUGGGGAGAUGGUCAACACGGAGCAGGUAGCUGGCGUGAGGUGGGCUCGCUUUCCAGAGCUUAAUAGAAUCCUGAAGGGACAUCGCAAGGGAGAGCUCACGGUUUUCACAGGUCCUACUGGAAGCGGAAAGACCACCUUCAUCAGUGAGCUGGCCCUGGACCUGUGCACGCAGGGCGUCAACACGCUAUGGGGAAGCUUUGAGAUCAACAACGUGCGUUUGGCCAAGAUCAUGUUAACGCAGUUCGCCAUGCAACGGCUGGAGGACAACUUGGAGCACUACGACUACUGGGCGGACAAGUUUGAGGAGCUACCACUCUACUUCAUGACCUUCCAUGGCCAGCAGAACAUCAAGUCGGUGCUGGACACCAUGCAGCACGCAGUCUAUCUCUACGACAUCAACCACGUGGUUAUCGACAACCUGCAGUUCAUGAUGGGACAGGAGAACCUCUCGGUUGAUAAGUUUGCCGUCCAGGACCACAUUAUCGGCGCGUUCAGGAAGUUUGCAACCAACUCCGGCUGCCACGUCACGCUCAUCAUUCAUCCAAGGAAGGAGGAGGACGACCGAGAGCUGCAGACGGCCUCCAUAUUUGGUUCAGCAAAGGCCAGCCAAGAGGCAGACAACGUGCUAAUCCUACAGGAAAAGAAGCUGGUGACCUGCCCGGGCCGCCGCUCGUUGCAAGUGACCAAGAACCGCUUUGACGGCGACGUAGGUGUCUUUCCACUGGACUUCAUCAAGGCCUCGCUCACCUUUUCCACACCCGUCAAAGGCAAACACAAGCUGAGAAAGGUCGCCGCUAAGCCAGAGGAGGACGAGGGUGACGAAACACCCCCAAAGAAGGACGCUGCCAAACGAGAGAAGGCGGACAAACAGCAAAGCAAAACACCAAAGUCCACGCGAGCUGCUAAGAAUCCUGCAACGGGAAGUGAAUGA